UUGGUAGCCAUAACAACCAAAUACACAAAAGUAGGCGUAAAUACGGCGCUAAGGAAAAUUCUUGACAUUUCAGGUAAAGUCAACUAAAGCAACGAUGGUAAAACAUGGUGGACAGAGAUCAUAAGCAGAAGAAAUCCGUUUAUGUGCAAACAGAUGAAAAGGAACUAAAUGAAAAGAAAAUGACACUUGAUCUUGAUGAGGUGUGGAGCAUAAAGAAAAAUAUUCCGGCAUUCAGUGAACGACAUAGAAAUAAAACUUCAGCUGAAAGAUUUAGCAAUUUACCUCAUAAGGUGGAGUUAUUCUCUCGCUACGGGGAGGUCAGAGUUUUUAAGAAAAGUGUCAAAAGCAUCAAAAGUUCAGAAAACCUGCAGAGGGUUAUGGGAUUCAAAAAGAGCUCUGGUGAGAUUGUAAGAAGCUGAUGAUAUGAUAUUGUGGAUAACAGGAACCAUCAAGGACACAAGCUUAACAUGAAGAGUUUAACCAGUAAGGACAAGGAUGAAGAGAGCCUGUUUGACUUUUAAAAGAUUACAUUUCAAUGUAUUCUUAAGCUCUUUUUUAGGACUGCUAACUAAAAUGGAGAGUAAUCUAUGUGAAAUACUGUAAUGUACUGUAGAUAUCAACCAUGUAUCUGCAAAGUAUCUGUUUAGGCUGUCAUUUGUAAUCUAAACCGUGGAAAAAAUACAGUUAGCAUACCAUAAAAAUAAAUGCAGAAAAAAGAGAAAAUGUUUUACAUUUUUAAAUAGAAACAGUAUCCUAAAUUUACUAAAUCAUAUCCAUAUUUUCUUUUCUUGCUCAAAUCCAUUCACUUUCCCAGUCCUUGCUUUAAUAAAAGGCAAACGACCUCAAUCUACCAACCAACACACCAUACUUUUUACAUUAUAGUAAGGAUCUCAGUCAUAGAAUACAGUCUAUUAGACUUCUCACUAAAAUUGAAAGUGAACUGCCUAAAUCCAUGAAGAAAAUCAAAUUCUUUGUCCUGUAGUUACCGAUUAUCUGUCCUUUCUUUCAAGAUCUGUAUGCUGAAAAUCUUGUUUGCUUUAGUACUAGAGUCACUGCUCCCCUUAUCCUUGUGCAGAUGAACUAUGGUCACAAAUAAAGGUCAGUAGCACUCCGUGCUAUAGGGAGAAUGUAGAGGAAAUAUGUGAAAGAAUUCUGUUGAGUGAAUUGGGCAAUAUCGCUAUCGAAAGAAAAACCUUCAAGAUGGAUAAUAUUGAUCUCAAUGUAUUAUACUGUAAUAGCACACCGUUUUAAAAUGGUGUGCUACUACAGUAUAAUACAUUAUUAAAAUAUAAUAAAAUGAAAGCCAUUUUUGAAAAAAAAGAGUUAUUGAGUUCAUAAAAUAAACACUAGUUGUUCCCCUUGAUCAAUAUUAUCCAUCUUGAAGGUUUUUCUUUCGUUAGCGAUAUUGCCAAAUUAAUUCCAGAAUUAUUUUAUACUGUAUGCCAAGCAAUGCAAUGCUGAUAAGUUUAUAAAAAAAGUGGUAGAGUAAUUAAGCAGAUUACUUUAAGUAUAACAAAAAUUAUUCUAAAGGACAUAAUGGUCCAAACUUUAAUGCCAUAACGUAUAUGAAAUAAAACAUAUUAAUGUUACAAUGUAUCCACCCUUUUGAAUGUUUAUGUUUCGUGUUUAAAGGUCUGUUACAUUAAUAGCUUCAUUUUUCUUUUGUAAAAUGUAUGGUGUCCUUUAAUGCAAACUGUUUAGUCCCUAAUCACAGAAAUUACUGUGUUUACUAUUAUUUCAUUUCCAGAAGUCUUUUUUUUUAAUGUGUAUGAAUUUAUUCUUUGAAAACAUUUUUGUUCUAGUUCUAACUGUCAGAUUGCUUUGCAACAGAUUCUUAUUCAUGAGGAGCCUAGUUCUUCAUGCUGCAUCUCUGCUCAUACCAUCUCAGAAACUGGCAAUAUUAGUGCAAGUGAACAUCCACACCUUAUUCUGCUUCCGCAUUCAUCCUUGCUGUACAAUUCAUCAAUAACUUUAAACACCCAAUCAUUAUUUAAACAGUGGCACAAUGCAUAAACUUGACUACGUUUUCCCUGCUGGAACUUCUUGCAACUGCUGGUGAGCCAGUGAUUAGCUAAGAGUUGGGAAUUGGAACAAAUAUUUAUUCUGGCCUCUUUUUUGGGCACCCAACAGGUAUAUACAAUCCUAGACAUGUUGUGCAGCAAAUGGUUUAAUUUAGGAGUGUAGACAACAAACUAUUGACUUUACAAAUGUAAAGGAAUUUUGAAUUAACCUUUUGUUUUUCAUUACUAUUGGUUCUGUUUUUAUUGAGUAAAAAUGGGUCAGUAAAUAUUAGAUGUAACUUUUAUUUUCUCAGCUAAGAAAUUCUAAACACAUUUUAACCCUAUACCAUAUUUGUGUUUUGUAUACAGUAAAUGUGAAUGGCUGAGUAUAUUUCAGUCACUUGAUACUGUAAGUAGCUGUAUGAAGUAUCAUAUACGGUUGUGCGGCAUACCUUUGUGGGUUAACAAUAUAAGGAGGAGCAAAGCAAAAAAGGAUAACAAAGAAGGACUCCAAGGUCAAAGGUAAAAAAAAAAAAAAAAAAGAAAUCCACCCAUAAAAGUAUCACUUUAAAUUAUAUUGAAAAUGUAAUGUUGAAACGGUAUGUGUUUUAAGCACUGAGCAUAUGAACUGCUAACUCUGCCGUUCUACUAAUAACAUUUUUGUUUUUUGUUUUUGUUUAAAGUAUGAGAUAGUUUUCACACGGGGUUUUCUUUUUUCUAUCAUCUGCACUUCACAAAGAGCCCUUGUUGUUGCCUGUCGUCGCUGACCAGGGUUGUUGCCACGUCAGUCUCAUGCUGGAAAACAUUACAGCCUUUCAUUCUGCGGAGGAAAUGUAUUCAUUCUAUCCUUGUUGAUUACUUAAAUUACUUUAUGAGAGUGUGUGUGUGUGUUUGCUGGACUAAAAUAUCUUCUCUACAUUUCAUUCCAGAGAGACUCGGCACAGAAAAGUAGUACAGGUACUGUCACUCAAGACUUAGUUUCAUAGCCUGCUCUUAUAAAAACUUAGGUGCGCACCGAAGAAAGCAGCAAGAUUAAAGUCAUUACGUUGGUUUUGAAGUCCCCCUGAUAUGUAGGAGGUGGCCGUUUUUCCAUUUUUAAGAGAGAAAAAAAGUUUUGGCUUUUAUGAAGAACGUUGUAUUCCUGGAGCCGGCGCGUUUGGUCGCUAAUACUGAACAGCAACGUCGUCAUUGGUACAAAAAAUUACCGGUAUGUUAUUUUCUUAUGAUGAAACUAUUGUGCUCGCAGGUAUAUCUGGCUUCUUUCGCUUGCAUGCUGCUUACCGUGUACUUGUGCUUCCAAAAACUACCACAGGCGUCUUCCAAUGUUCCUUUCGUGACUGAUCAUAUUGUGAUGGACCCCAUCAUUGUUCUAUUAUGGUUGCAACCGUUUGGGAAAAAACGGCCGAUUCCAGACUGUCAGACACUAUACAAUAUCCGAGCAUGUACGCUCACGACAGACAGGGAUCAGUACCUGCGCUCUCAAGCAGUUAUCAUUCACCACAGGGAUAUUAGGGGCAAUCUUAGUACACUGCCACAGGGACAUCGUCCAGUCUCACAAAGGUGGAUCUGGAUGAAUUUCGAGUCGCCAUCUCACACUUCAGGUCUGAAGAAACUGGGGGGCGUUUUUAACUGGACCAUGUCCUAUAGGUUAGAUUCAGACGUCUUUGUUCCAUAUGGUUAUCUGUAUCCUAAGAAAGGCUAUGGGUCUAAGAAGGUCAGUCUGCCCCACAAGAAGAAACUGGUGGCCUGGGUCAUCAGUAACUGGAAUGAGGAGCACACCAGAGUGAAAUAUUACAUCAGACUAAGGAGACACAUUCCUAUUGAUGUGUACGGUGGACAGGGUAUGGAGCUGUCCAACAACAGUAUUGUCCAGACUGUUUCACAGUACAAGUUCUACCUUGCCUUCGAAAAUUCCCAACAUCCAGAUUAUAUUACUGAAAAGCUAUGGAGGAACGCUUUCAUGUCAAGUGCAGUUCCAGUGGUUUUGGGACCGGGAAGAGCUAACUAUGAGCUGUUCUUACCUCCAGACUCCUUUAUUCAUAUUGAUGACUUUCGCAGCCCCAAAGUGCUGGCUGACUAUCUGAAUUUUUUGGAUAAAAACCCCAAACUGUACAAAAAGUAUUUCAUGUGGAAAAAGCAUUACAAUGUCCAUGUUACCUCCUUCUGGAGUGAACCCUAUUGUUCGGUAUGCAAAGCCAUUAGGGCAGCAGGGUCUCAGACAAAAACGAUGUCAGAUCUGGCCCUGUGGUUUGAAGCUUAAAGGUGCAGUGUUAACUUAUUGUAUAGGUGGAUAUUGCCAUGUGUGUCACUAUAAUGACGAUAUAUCACAUCUACAGGUAUAGUAGGCUAAUAUAAAGUGGAGUACGGAUCACAAUCUGUACCACACUAAACAUGCCUUGUUACUCCUUGCUUGAUGUUUGUCAUACUUAUAAACUAUUUAAUAAAACAUCCAAAGAAAGCUGUAAAUGUUUUGCACACUCACCACAGCAUUAUGAUAUUGACGUUUGGUUUCUACAGCUGCUAUCAGCACGCACGCCAUUAUGAUAGCAUGGUUCACAUUAUAGGGCAGUUUGGACUAAAGCUGUGGGAGAAAAACGACCCUUAUUUAAUGUUUACUCUGGCUUUUCUGAUUAAAAAAAGAUAGUCUAGAUUAUACUCACAUCCUUAAUGUGCUGAUAAUGUUGUGGCAAGCAGGCUUCAAGAGGUUUAGAGACAUUCCUUCUUUUUUUCACUGACCCUGAUAUUGAUGUGAUACAGUCAUCUAACAUUUGUAUUAGAUGGCUUGUAUCAGAUGGUUACUUUAUAUAAUACAAAAGUACAGGGUGCUUUAAAAGCUUAUUUUCACCCCACUCCCAAGUCAAACAUGAACUAUGUUGGGUAAUCUGCUUGUAUUGUACAACAGCCGAUAUAACAUCCUAUAUACAGAACAUUCUUGUAAGACACUGUACUGUAGCUUUAAGCUAAGUUUGCACAUGGAAAAUUGCUUUGUAAAUAGUAUGCUCAUGAAGAUAAAGAUUUUGCCCUUUUACCCAUGAGAAAGGGGCUCUGAUAUUUUUCUCACACUCAUACUCAGGAUUCACUUUUUUUGUGAAUAAUUAAAUGACUUGACCAAAGUCGAAGGGAAUAUAAGGUCUAGAAAACUGAAUGAUAUGCAGGAAAACUAUAUUAUUUUCAAAUUAGAAUUUUAAAAAAACACUACACCUCUAAAAUUAGGUGCAGUGUCCUAGUUAUACUAAAAAAAUCCCCCUUGGUGUCUGCUCGGUACAUUAUUAUAUAGUUCUGUCCAUUCUUUUCCCAUGUAGCAUGCUGAGUCUGUAUGGGUUACGGGUUGGGCAGUAGUUUUACAUUAUUUUAUUCCUCUUAGAAAAGGGGUGUUUACAUGUGCACUGGAUUCUGACACAUAUGAUUACUUGACUGGUCCUUCUAGCAACCUUGCAGGAAAAGCAUGGGACAAGAUAAAAAACAGUUCCUGGUAUAAAACUGUUGAUUAUUUACUCAAUUUUAUAGUAACAUUCUUUCAUAAUCAAGAAUCUUUUCCUGAAGUGUUAGCACUAAGUUCAAAGAAAGAUUUACAGUAGUUCAUGUUUUAGUUUUUAGCCCUUUAUUUGAUCUUAAUGUAUAAUUUGUAGUUAGGUAGAAUAUUUAUUUUUUUUCGUAGACUCCUCUAAUGCAGAUUUGCAUUUAACAAUUCCUAUUACUCACUUUCAAAUUUGUAGAUACAAAUCUUGCCCAUUUUGUAAAAUUAGUUUCAUACGUUUACCAUGGUAGGAGCAUAACAAGGUGUAGUAAAGCUUAGUGAAUGCAUGGUAAAGCAUAGGCAAUCAAAACCCAUUGCAAACUGGCAAUUUACAUUACAGUAUAUGCAUAGUAUUAGGUGGGAGAAAGCACGAUCACAUUAAAAAAAAUAUUGUGUACCAUGUCCCCAUAGUGUUCUGUAAAUGUAAAUGCAGUACAUGUUUGUAUGUUUGUAGUAUUCUGCAGGUGGUCUGUAAGGUGGUUGUACAAUUCCAAAAUGACUGAAAAGCAAUUGAGGAACGCUUUCAUGUCAAGUGUAAUUCCAGUGGUUUUGGGACCGGGAAGAGCUAACUGACUGAUUGAUAGCUGUAACCCUGAAUCAUCACAAUCAAAAAGGGAAGGAGAUGUUGGCACUGUCAACCCAAGCCUACAAGAAAAAAUGGAAGCCAACAGGGAAUGUUUUGCUGGAAUAGUUGAUAAGCCUAGUCAAUAGCAAUGUAUGCAAAAACAACGACAGAGAACUAUAGAGAACUGUGGAGAUGGAGCAAGUUACCUCUCACGUCUUGCUAAAUAAAAUGCUCUCCAGAUCCACACUAUGCUCGUUGCUGUAAUUGAAAGCUUGAAUUACCAUGACAACAAGGACUCAUCUCCUAAGACUCCUGCAAAUGACAUCUUAUCGAGUGCUUGACAUUAUCAAGGAGGUUCCAGAGUUCCGAUCCCAGCCAGCAUGUUCUCACAGUAAUCUAACUGGCUGUCUUGCGGCAGAACUACACAUGUGACAAGAUUUGUAAACAAUAUUCAUAUGUUAAACUAAUGACUUAUCAAUAAAUUAGUUCCUGAAU